AUGUCGGAGGACUAUGUUAUUGUCAAAUUCGACUAUCUAGCACAAGAGGAUCAAGAGCUGACAAUCAAAAAGAAUGAACGGUUAAAAUUACUGGAUGAUAGCAAAAAUUGGUGGAAGGUGGUCAACGACUCAAACACUAUUGGUUUCGUGCCAUCAAACUACGUGCGGAAAGAAUCAAUUGUGGACAAAGCGAAAGGAACAAUUAAAGGUUUAGCGCGAGGUCGCAACCGAUCUUCAGAUCCGGAGCCGGAAGAACGAGUCAACGGUCUCGAACGUCUUGCCUUCAGCUUGAACAACAAUUGUGCAAUCAAUCCAUCGACAAAUAAGAUCCCCAUGAUGAGUUCGAAAACGAAAGCAGUCGUCAAGUUCACCUACGAACCAAGACUCGAGGACGAGCUCGGUCUGACCAAAGGAGAAUUCGUGUACGUUGUCGAGAAAAGCACCGAUGGCUGGUGGAAAGGAGAAGCGCCAAACGGAGGAGUCGGAUGGUUCCCAUCAAACUAUGUGGAAGAGGUCGAGGCAUCUACAAAUGGAAAUCAGGGAAGCAUCGAGAACAGAAAACCAGUAGGUGCAGCAAUCCCACCACCAGCAGAACCAUACCGUCCACCACAAGAAAUCCAUCAGGCGCCACGCGGACAUAUGGAGAUCGUCGUUGCACUUUAUGCAUUUGAUGCCUCGUCACACGAGGAGCUCUCAUUCAGUAAGGGAGAACGACUGACAAUUGUGGACCAUCCAGAGCAUGAUCCAGAUUGGUGGCUGGCACAGAACGCGCAAGGCUCAAGCGGACUUGUUCCCCGGAAUUACAUUGAGGUGAUCGACGACUCGGCGGUGGAGAAUGUGACCAACAACACUCCCCAAUUCUCUGGAAGAGAGCGGUCAAUGGAGCAGGAGCCGUGGUUCUUUGGAAGAAUCUCGAGGGAGCGCGCCGAAGAACUUUUGCAGUAUGCCCGCAGUGGUGAAUUCCUCGUCAGAGACUCGGAGAGCCAUCCCGGCGACUUGUCUAUCUCCGUGCGAGGAACCGAGCGCAACAAGCAUUUCAAAGUGCAAACGAUCGAUGGCCAACUCAGAAUUGGAAACCGGACGUUCCCAAACAUGCACGCGCUCAUCAGCCACUACACAACCAAUCCAUGCUUCUCGUCGGCAACUGAGAAGCUCUACUUGACGAGUCCACUUCCGAAGUAA